GCAGAGUAAAAACGGACACUGAGAAAAGCUCAGAACAAUCGAACAUCAAUGGUAGACAACACAAUUUAGCUUUUCCCCAAAAGAAGAUUCCCACACGGAGCUUUUGUAACACUGAAGCCGCGAAAAUGCAAGCAAAAUACUGCAGGCAGGAAGAGAGAGAGAUUUGAAAGAAGAUGUUAUUGUUAUUGUUGUUCUUCCGAGUAUCAUACGAAUCGAAGAGAUUUCCAACUCAAGCUUUCCACACAGGCAUGAAAUAAGUUGCGCUACCAUUUCUUGGGUUGUUCAUCUCUAUUUAUUGUCUUAAAUAAGGGGAACUUGACUAGAGCAAUGUACGAGAACAUGUCGGAGAAGCCCAGGAGAAGAGUGGCAUUUGUGCUGAUUGAUGGGUUGGGAGACGUGUCGCUGCCAAGAUUUAGCUGCAAAACCCCUCUGCAAGUGGCCAGAGUACCCAAUUUGAAUGCCAUUGCGUCUGCUGGAGUUAAUGGUCUAAUGGACCCUGUCGAAGUAGGAUUGGGUUGUGGAAGUGACACUGCUCACCUUUCUUUAUUGGGCUAUGAUCCUAGGGUGUAUUACCGAGGUCGAGGUGCAUUUGAGUCAAUGGGUGCUGGACUGGUGAUGUCACCAGGGGAUAUUGCUUUUAAAUCAAACUUUGCAACCCUGGAUGAGAAAACUGGAAUAGUCACUAGUAGGAGGGCUGACAGGCAUUUUGAAGAAGAAGGGCCUAUCCUCUGUGCAGCAUUGGAUGGAAUGAAGCUACCAUCUUUUCCUCAGUACGAAGUCAGAGUCAGGUAUGCAACGGAGCAUAGAUGUGGAGUGGUUGUGAAAGGACCAAAAUUAAGCGGAAAUAUAUCAGGAACAGACCCUUUGAAGGAUAACCGCUUACUUUUACAAGCACAAGCUCUCGAUGAUACCGAUGAAGCAAAGCACACAGCUGCAGUGGUUAACGAAUUAUCGACAGAGAUAACAAAAAUUCUGGUUGCUCAUCCAUUGAAUGCAAAAAGGGCAUCAGAAGGAAAAAGCAUUGCGAAUGCUGUCCUUUUACGAGGUUGUGGUAUUAGAAUUGAGGUUCCUCCGUUUGAUAAGAAGCAAGGGCUGUGGCCAUGCAUGGUAGCACCUACCAAAAUUAUAGCUGGCCUGGGCUUAUCACUAGGUAUUGAUAUCCUAGAAGCUCCAGGAGCAACAGGAGACUAUAGAACCUUAUUAACAUCCAAAGCAAUUGCCAUAGCUAAGGCACUCUCAGCUCCUGUGCAGUCUUGCCCCAAUGUUUUUGUACCAGGGGAAGAUGAGCACAAACCUGGCCGAUACGAUGGCUAUGACUUUGGAUUCCUUCACAUUAAGGCAAUAGAUGAUGCUGGUCAUGAUAAAGCGAGCAUUUUCAAAGUUAAAGGUCUGGAAGCUGUUGAUCGGGCAAUAGGGCAGCUGGCGAAGCUCCUUUGGGAGGCAGAAUCAACUGGGAAUUUUCAAUUCUCCCUUUGUGUCACCGGAGACCACUCUACUCCGGUUGAAUAUGGAGAUCACAGCUUUGAACCAGUUCCAUUUGCAUUGUGCCGAUUAAAAGAUUUUUGGGUGCACUGGGUGGGGAAUCGGUUCUCUUGGAUACGUCGCUCGAUCCAUUUCUCCUUCCAACCAUCAAAGCUGGCGAAGAUUUAGCAGAUGCUGUGGAAACAGAGGAAGAGAAAAGAAGCAAGCAGCUUCAAGCUUUCUGUGGCGAUUCUGUUUACGAGUUUAAUGAUAUAGCUGCAGCAAGGGGUUCCCUUGGGCGUUUUCCUGGGAGUGAGAUGAUGGGAAUUAUAAACACAUUUCUGAAACUAUGAGAGGCUUUGUUUGGGGCUUUGUUGGUUGAUUGUAGCUCCAGAUCGGAAAUAAAGGAUUCUGGAUGAAGCGGAGGAUCGUGUUUCUAAUAAUUACGGAGACAUCUUCUAUUGUAUAAAAAUUAUACUGUUAUUCCAUAUUAAAGUUUUUGGCUCAUGACUGGCUAAUCAACAGAAAAUGCCCAUUUCUAAUGUUGUCAUGGACACCUUUAAUCGUCGAACCGAACAAAAAAAAAAAUACCAAUUUUCAAUGUUGCCAUAGAGUGUG